GACGUAAGCAAUUUGUAAAAUAUAAAAUUCUUGUAAUGUUUUAACUCGAUCUUAUCUUCCGGCAAAAUAUUAAUUAUUUAUUAAAACAAACAACAACCAAUCUUUAUUCUUAUUUAUGCCACAACAUCAUGUCUGAUAAAUUCAACGGAUUUAGUCCAGAAGAUAUUAACAAGAUCACUUCAAAUUCUGUAAAAACAAUGAAAUCUGCCACAAUCAGAAGUCAUGGAAUCCGAAGGAUGCCGGAAAAAAAGGAACUGGCAAGAUCACAGGAGAAUCUUAAAAUAAAGAAGCCGGUUCAAAAAAAUAAUCCCAAGGCUGUCGUGACGACCUUAUCACAAGCACAGGAGGAUUCAAUGGAUGAAAUAAAUCUAAACAAAAGCAUGUCCAAGUCCAUUGAAGGUGCUUUAUUCUAUCAACCUAUUCCUAAAGCACAACACACAAUCCAAAAAGAGCCUUCCGAUAUCUCACGGUCGCCUGAUGUUCCAAAUGAUAACAAUGAUAAUUCAUUUAAUGACUCCUCCAUAUUACCAGAACCAUCUGAAAAUAUUGAAUCUCCAUUUAAGGGAGUGUCACUAAAAGAUUUUGAAGUUCAUCGAAAACUAAUCGAGGAACAAAAUAAGCAGAAGAAGGAUUUGCUUCACAAAGCCAUCGAAGCUCAUUCACAAAAAACUGCUGCCGAGGCGAAAAAAAUCGAAGAAAUCAAAAGUGAACUGUCAAAGCUUGAUAAUGAACUAGCUACCGACGUGGCUCUCUUAAGAAAGCAAAUUGAUGCCGCGUGCAUUCAAUAUGCUAGCAUUGAAAAACAAUACAAUAAAGUUGAAGCACAAUUUUUGAAAGCCAAAAUAGAUUUGCACAACGCCUCUGAGAAGAAGGAACUCCUUACCGAACAUUUAUGUACUGUAAUUGCUCAUAAUGAAGAUCGAAAAGCCCAAAAACUAUCUGAGUUAAUGCACAAAGUGGGACUUACUCCAUCGGGAGAUUUUGCAGAAACCACAAAUGGAUUUCACAAUACUGAUUCUCCAUCAUCAACAUAGAAACUUAAAUAAUGCGCCUAACUGCAGGCAGUUUUAUGAGUUUAUUGUUGUUAGAUUUCUUUUUAACUAUAAGUCGAUAUUCAAUACUUAAAGUUCGUGACAAAAUCUUAGCCAGUUUAAUAAUAUUUUUAGUAAUUGUAAAUUUAACUGUUAAAAGUGCAAAGCAAUAUUAUACCUAAUUUUUAAUCUCCCACCAAUAAAGUGGUUCUAUAUUUUAUUUAUAAUGCUUUAAUUGUGUUAUGUAUGUAUUACAAUUAUUUUUAUAUACUCACCAUUGUAUUUUAUAAAUAAAGAGAUUUAUUAUAAAAAAUA